CACUCCGUCAUCUUCCGUAGCACCGUAGCCAUUGAGCCAGAGAGAGCAUUGCGGGAAAACUGACGGUCGGAGGAGGGCAGUCCAUUGACGAUUUUCUCGAAAUUUCGUCCUCGCGCCUCUGCCGCCGUCACCAUAGUAUUUGACAUCACGGCGUCCAUCGUUGUUUCGUUCCUCCGAAACCGAGCUACAGCCGCUCUGUGAGGUCUUAUCUUUCUCCCCCUUUUUUUUUCCUCCCCCCGUGGUUUCAUCAGCGGUCUUUUCUGAGAACGCCUGCCACUGGGACGCUCGCUGAUGGCGGUCACAAUCGAGGAGCUUUAUCGGAACUACGGGAUCCUUGCCGACGCUAAAGACAACCUGAGCCAGCACAAGGAUGCAUACCAAGGGAUCCUGGACGGCGUGAAGGGUGGUCCCAAAGAGAAGCGGCUGGCGGCUCAGUUUAUUCCUAAGUUCUUCAGCAGCUUCCCGGAGCUGGCUGACGCAGCCAUCAAUGCCCAGCUUGAUCUCUGCGAGGAUGAAGAUGUGUCUAUUCGACGGCAAGCCAUUAAGGAGUUACCCCGGUUUGCCACAGGCGAAAACAUUUUCAGGGUUGCCGAUAUCCUGACCCAGCUCCUUCAGACAGAUGAUACAGCAGAGUUCAACCAAGUGAAUGCAGCACUGAUUUCAAUCUUCAAAAUGGAUGCUAAGGGUACGCUCGGAGGUCUCUUCUCACAGAUCCUGCAGGGCGAGGACAUCGUGCGAGAAAGAGCCAUCAAGUUUCUGUCCACAAAGCUGAAGACCUUACCGGAAGACGUCAUGACGAAGGAGGUGGAGGAGUACGUCUUCACCGAGACAAAGAAGGUGAUGGAGGACGUCACGGGCGAGGAGUUUGUGCUUCUGAUGCGCGUCGUGUCCGGCCUGCGGGUGCUGCAGUCGGUAAACGGCCGGCAGCAGCUCGUGGAGCUGGUGGUGGAGCAAGCUGACCUGGAGCAAGCCCUCAACCCAGCAGACCCAGACGUAGUGGACCGGCUCCUGCAGUGCACUCGGCAAGCUUUACCGCUGUUCUCUAAAAAUGUCCACUCCACCCGGUUUGUGACCUACUUCUGCGAACAUGUCCUGCCUAACCUCAGCACCCUGACAAGUCCUGUGGCAGAGCUGGACAUUCAGCUGGAGGUGCUGAAGCUGCUGGCCGAGAUGAGUCCGUUCUGCGGAGACAUGGAGAAGCUGGAGGCCAACCUCAACACGCUGUUCACCAAGCUCGUGGAGUUCAUGCCCCUGCCCCCCGAAGAGGUCGAGAACGGGGAGAACUCUGCAGGUGAGGAGCCCAAGCUGCAGUUCAGCUACGUGGAGUGUCUCCUUUUUAGCUUCCACCAGCUGGGCAAGAAGCUGCCAGACUUCCUCGUGGACAAAGUAAACGCCGAGCGCCUCAAAGACUUCAAGAUCAGGUUACAGUAUUUUGCCAGAGGUCUUCAGGUUUACAUCAGACAACUGCGAGUUGCUCUGCAGGGGAAGACGGGAGAUGCUCUGAAGACAGAAGAGAACAAAAUCAAAGUGGUGGCCCUCAAGAUCACAAACAACAUCAACGUUCUCAUCAAGGAUCUUUUCCACAACCCUCCAUCAUACAAGAGCACAGUAACCUUGUCCUGGAAACCUGUCCAGAAGCCAGACGCAGCAGCGCCCAAACGUCCUUCGGGUGAAGAAGUGGGAUCUGGUGCUGUCGCAAAAAAACAGAUCACGCCUCUGCCACGGCGGGACGCAAGACAGAUUUACAACCCCCCCAGUGGCAAAUACAGCGCCUCUAUUGGCAAUUUUAACUACGAACAGCGCGGUGGCUUCAGGGGCGGCCGAGGACGAGGCUUUGGGGCGAGAGGCAGCAGGAGCCGAGGCCGAAUCUACUGAGGCAGAAGUGUACAUUUUCCCCUUUGAACUGCAUCACAUCAGGACCUCCUCACCAGAAUGGACUAUUUGUCACCUCCCUACACAUUGUAUUCAUUUACUUUUCCGUUGUUUUUACAAGGUGGUAUUUUUAUUUGACUUUUAUUACCAUUCAUUAUGGGGUCUGAGGUUCUGGUUUCAGAGUUUCUGGCUCCAACUUUUCUUCUUGUCAACAUGUACCGUAAUAGCUGUAUUUCCCUUGGGCAAGGUAAAAUUAAAUCUAGUAAAUGUGUGGAUUUUUUAUUUUUUUUGUUGUUCUUCCCCCUCCUUGUUUUUCCAAAUUUAUAAACAUUGUGUGGAUUUUUGUGGAUCAAAAGACUGCCAAGUUGUAACUAAAUAUUUUUGUCAUUGUUGGAAAGGUCUUCUGUUUAGCAGCAUGUCAAUUGAUUUAAAUUUCUAGCUUUUUAUUUAACCAUGUUUCCUUUUUUUUUUUUUUUUUUUAAGCUUGAUUAGAAUUGGCCGACUGCUUCUUUGUAUAAAUCAAUGACGCUGUUUCAUUGGGUUUUUAUCAUAAAGUUAAAUGGAAGUACAA